AUGGCUGAAAUGUACAUGAUUCAAAAGCUUAAUGCUCGUAUAUUUUUGGACCAGAUUUCAGUAAAAGACGGAUACAAUUCCAAAGUUGGAGAUAUUGAUGAAAGUCCUAAACUUGAUGUUGAGGAAUUGGAGAUGCUUCUAGAAGAAAAUUUUGCGCAGACAACUGGAAUCUUUCAAAGAUUUCUAGUAGUGGACUACAUAAUAUUGGAUUUUCUGCAGGCAGCAAUAGUAUUCGACACCCUGAACUUGAUAAUUAAUGCGGUUAUGGUGGUGGUGGGAUUGUUUACAUGGAUCUCCUUUAUGGUUAAUCUCGCCAAUUUUGGGUUACAACUUGGGGUACUUUGGGAGGAUGUAUACUUCUAUUCCUUAUAUGUUUAUGGUGGGGAAGAAAAUAUGUUCUCUCAUUUGAGCUUAAAGCAGGGAGCUAGGGGUUUCGCCGAUUACUCCUCAACAAGGAAGCAAAGCGUGUCUUUUGAGUUCAACAAGAAAAGAUGUCAGGUUGAAAGAUCUAUUCCAAAUCAUGUUAUUGUGGCCGGAGAAUGGUUCCUUCAGAAUGAAAAGUUUGGUAGUGAGGACAUAUAUACUAAUUACAAUGUCUAUUCGUUGUUAUGUCUUGCCUUAGGCAUACUUUUACUAUGCAGUGAAGAAGUAGCUGUUGCAGCUGAGGCACCUGCUUCCAUUCCCGGUGAGCCCAUGGACAUCAUGACUGCUUUACAGCUUGUGCUGAGAAAAUCUCUGGCUUAUGGUGGUCUUGCACGAGGUCUUCAUGAAGGUGCUAAGAUCAUUGAGAAGCACGCAGCACAGCUAUGCGUUCUAGCAGAAGAUUGUGACCAACCCGAUUAUGUGAAACUGGUGAAGGCCCUUUGUGCAGAGCAUAAUGUUAGCCUUUUGACAGUUCCAAGUGCAAAGACGCUUGGAGAAUGGGCUGGUUUGUGUAAGAUUGAUUCAGAGGGAAAGGCUAGGAAGGUAACUGGAUGCUCAUGUGUUGUUGUUAAGGAUUUUGGGGAGGAACAUGAAGCCUAUAAUGUUGUUCUGCAGCAUGUGAAAGCUAACUGA